UGUUUUCUGCUUUGUAGGUUCUCUACUUGUUGAAGCAGCUACAGACCCUCCGACAAGAUGACAAGAAGGAUACAACUCUGGAUGAGGAUACAAAAGAACGACUGAAAUUCCAGGAAGAGCAAAUUGAACGGUUGGCGAAAAUCAAUGAGGAACUUGAAGAGAGAAAUGACGAAUGCACUAUUCUCAAAAAAGAAUUGACAGUUCUCAAGUACAAGGGGGGAGGUAAUGUUUCACUCAUGCCCAGUCUCUGUGAUGCAGGGUCGUCGCCAUUUGCAUUUGCUACGCCUGCUCCUGUGAAAAAGGCAAAGGUGAAUAAGAAGCCACCCCCUCCAAAGAUGGACAGCUCUAGCGAAGAUGAGGAUUAUCUGCUUUCAGGCAGUGAGGAUGAAGAUAAUGACAGCGAGAGUGAUUACUAUCCUACUCCGAUCAAACGAAAGCCCAGAAACAGGAGGGAGACAAAUGCUCAUGAGGGGGAAGAAGAGAUGUCCAAAAUAAGAAAGACUUCGAGCAAAGCCAGGAUGUGCAUGUGCAAGACUGGUUGUAAUACUAAGAGAUGCAGCUGCAGGACUGGUCUGGCCUUCUGUAGUGAAGCUUGUGGCUGCAUCGGUUGUAAGAAUGUGGAGGAGAUCCAACCAGACUCGACAAUGGGAAUCGAUAAGGAGAGUGACAGCAUUCUAGAGAGCACCACAUCGACCAUCAUGGAAGAAUCCAAAGUUGAGCUGAACACCACUUUCUGUAUCGAUGACAAGAGCCCUGCCGUAACGAACAAAACAGAAAAAGCUUCACCAAAAAAGCUAUUUGGUGAUUCGUCCAAUCAAGCAGAUUCUCCAUUAGAAUUCAAAGAAACGGCAUUGGUGACGUCAUUGUUCCCGAGGAAGAAGAAAUCAAGUGAGAACAACGGCCCGGUUGCCAAGCGGAAGCGCCAGCUGCUAUCACAAGGGGAGCGAUUCUUUCCAGGGUUGUCCGAUUGACGACGUCGUAGUUCCCUCCUUCAUUCGAGUUUCAAUAUGCAGCGCAGCGCUUGUCAGUCACCAUGGUCUCGGAGAUUUUUCCGCCAAGGAGAGAGUCCAGCUGCGUCCAUUCCGUCACCUGAAGACAGCGAUGAUAAUAUCAACAGCAGUUUCUGAUAUGGCAGUCUGGCAUGAAAUACUUAUCAUUUGUUGAUGUGUCAAGUUUGUGUGUUUAAUCUAGAUGACUCUGCUGUAGAUCUGUAAAUUUGCGCCUCUCAUGUACGUCAGGAGAGAUUUGGCUUUGGCUUUGACAUACUUCAGUAUAGCAUGUACAAGUACCAUUUUGCAUUUGUUAAGAACUUCAUAUCAACUUCAAGCGGUUUUUAAAGUAAGAUACAGUGUUCUCCUUGUAUAAGGACGGUGUAAAGAAGAGAUAUUUCCGCUGUCUAUAAGGAAUUAGAACUUAGAGCGCAAAAACUUGAUAUUCUAGGGUGACAUGUAGAUUGUGACAUUCAAUUAUUUUCUGCCAAAGAGUAGUGCGCCUAAAUCCUGGGGCUUUCAAGUGAGGUAGAGGGGACGAGACGUUUUUCUCAAUCAAAUGAAUCAGUGUAAAUACCUUUGUUUUCGAAUCUACACGAUCUACUCGGGUUUUCCAGUCAAUAAAAUAAAAAAAAUGUCAAUGGAGUGCUUUUUCACAUAGUGCAAUCAUCAUGAUUUUCAAAUUGUAAAUA